CGACAUUGGAUCUGUGAUGGUGCAUAUCAUCUGUCAGAUGUUCUGUGUUGAGCUGUGGGAUGACAGAGCAAAGACGGUCAGUUGAGUAAUACCAGAAAAAACGAUUGGGAUGCAGUUAUACAUUAGACCAAAUUAAGGGCAUCACUCACCAUACGCCCAUGCCCGUGGCUGACGUGCCCGAUGCCUUCUAGUUUCAGUAUUUUUGGUGGCUAGGAGGAAUAACGGGUUGGUCCUGCACACGGAUGAACCUGACGAGGAGAGGAGAGCUCAGCACGCAGGCUGUCAUGUAAGCCAUAUUCUCUGGGGCCACCUCUCGGUGCACGCCGCUUCCUGCCGCAGGUAAAAGCUUCAGUGUGAGUGCUGCUGUACUCUGUGUAAGUGUCAGGCUGUGCUGUCCUCUCCCUCCCACAGCGAGAGCAGCUCUGCUGGUUACCAGCUCCACCGUUCACUAGAGGACACAUUAUCCCAGCGCUGACAUGGAGAAGCGUUGCUCAGAGUGCCCAGAGCCCAGGCUAGCCCAGAGCCUGUGUACAUUCUGCAACAAGUGGCUGUGCUACCAGUGCACAGACAUGCACCAGCACCAGAGAGCCACCCCUCAGUGCUCAGACCUGCACCAACACCAGAAGCCCACUACCCAAUGUGCCGACCUGCACCAGAGGGACCAGAUGGCCCCCAGCUCCUUGCCUCCACCCGAACCAGGCCCUGGGUCGUGUGGCCGCCCCCUCCUCAUGUGCCACUCUCACAGACAGGAGCCCUUGGAGCUCUUCUGCGAGUCUUGUGACCUCAUGUGCUGCAGCAGCUGUCACCUGUCUGCCCACAAGAACCACAGGUUAGUGCACAUUGGUAAGGCCCUGCAGGACCAACAGUGGCAGUUUGAGAGCCUGGUGGCUCAGCUGGAGGAGAGGAGGUCUGCAGUGGAGAGCACAGCCAAACAGAUAGAGGACAGGCUGCACGGUGUAAAGAUCACGCAGAGGAAGGCUGAGAACCAGAUUAAAAUGGCAAAGAUGAUUAUGAUGAAUGAGCUGAACAAACGGGCCAACCUAUUAAUAGAGCAACUGGAGAAGAUCUCUGAGGACUUCCAGCGGCGUCUGGAGGACCAGCUGCAGGGGGCGAUAGAGAUGUGCAGCCAGCUGGACCACGUGCAGAACUUCAUCAGCUGGGCAACGGCCCACCACCUCAAGAACCCACUGCUCUUCAGCAGAGAGCUGAUUUCUCUCCAGAUGCAGCGCCUGCUUGAACCCCCGCUCCACUCAGACGCCUGGCUCCCGGUGAAGAUCAAGUUCAACUGGGAUGCCAGCUACUGGACUAAGCAGAUCUCAACUUUGGGUCAGCUCACUGCCGAGGGGGGAAAUCGCUCCUACUCUGAGGGCGUGGCCUUCCCCAGCAUCCUGAGGCCCCAGCCUAUCACCUGCUUGUCCCUGCCAUCUGUGUGCCAUGGAGGGCGGGAGCAGGGCUGUGCCUUCCAGGCCUGCUGUCAGCCCCAGAUGUGCUGCCUCCACUGCAUACCCCCACAGCCAGCUGUGCAGCUGGACAAGACCCAGCGGGAACCCAACCCCUACUCUGCCAGGUGUGCCCAGUCCACCCUCAGCUCUCCUUCCCUGGCCCUGCACCAGAGUCAGCUGCUGAGGUGCAGGGGCCCUGACAGUCCUCCAGGUCCACCAGCCGUGGUGCCGUCCUCCAUGCAGCGUCCCCAGCAGCCAGCACAUCUCCCGGCUGCUGACCCAGGCCUGCUCAGCUCCAGCUCCAACAGUGGAGGUCUUGGACUCCAGCCCCCAGCCACAGCCCUCUACCAGCCUCAGAUUCAGCCGCUUCCUGACACUCUUGCACAGCCAGCAACAGACAGGGCCAGGGAAGGCCAGGGCCAACAGGCCAGCAGAGAGAGAGAGCAGACUCCUGGGCAGCCAGCUGUGGACAGAGAGGUGUUGACAGAGCAGAUCCAGGAGGGGGGCAGGGAGAAGACCUAUGCACAGACAGUGGUGGACAGAGAGGUGCUGACAGAAGGGAUCCAACAGGAGAGGAGAGCGCAGACGCACACCCAGCAGCAGCAGCAACAACAGCAGCAACAGCAGCAGCUCCUGGCUCCCCUAGAGGCUGAGCUGACAGUGGAGCAGCAGGGGGAAGAGCAGCAGGAGGCCAGGACUACACAGCCAUCCAGAGACUGCAGAGAUGGCAGGAGAUCCACUUCACUGGAGAUGUCUGUGACGGCCCAUGGGUUCAGUGUUGAUGCUCAGAGCAGCAGGCCCAACUCACUGCGUGGGAGGAAGAGUCGAUCCCAGAGCAUCCCACCAGAACUGGCAGGCCCCUCCACAGACAGGCCCCUGGGGGCCACCCACAGCCUAGCAACAGCAACAGCAGCCAUGGAACGGGGAUGCAGGGCAGACCAGCAUGGUUGUAUGGAUCUCAGGCGGAGGAGGCUGUCUUCUGAUGGAGUGAUACGAUCUGUGGCCUCCUGGGAGAGAUCCUUAGCCACUCCUCCCUCCAGAGGCCAGCCCAGCCUGCGCCUGUCACCUUUGACCAUCUACAAGACAGAGCCAGAUUAUGUCUAUGCAUAUGAUGAGACUGGGCAUGACGUCAAAGGAAAAUACAGAAUACCAAGAAAGACUCGAGACAACAGUGACAGAGAGGUUCAGAAGGAACCUGGGAGUUCCAGUUCCAAGGUUCCAGUGGUGUGUUUGGAAAGGCUGAAGAUCCUGGUGUCCCGGAUCCCACCACAGGGGCGGCGACAGAGUGACCCUCUGCCAGGCACUGCGACAGAAAGGACCGGACCUGUUCCACAGAGGGGAUGGAAGGACAAGAUGACUGAGGGAAUAUCAAAAGAAGCCGAGGUCUCAAUGGUCAACCCAUCUCUGGAGAAACAAUACUCAGAGAGACACACAAUCAAUCUAUCUCUCCCACCUCCAGUAAUCAAUGAUUGGCCUGAGCAUGGAAGACACAGUCCUCACAAAGAGCUCACACUGCAAGUACCCGCCACUGAUCUUAUAUCACCUCCACCUUUCUCUGCACCUGACCUUGACUCUGACUCAGAUCCCAGGUCAAUCUCAGAAGCUGUUUCUGACCCUGAACUGGACUCGGACCCACAACGAGAAUCAGAUCCUCAGCAAGAGUCUGACCCACAACCAGAAUCUGACCCUCAAGCUGAGUCUGCAUCGGAGGCUGAUCUGGAAUCAGUUGCUGAUGAGGAAUCUCCUGAUGAGGCUGCUACAGAAUCUGAACCUAGUGUGGAAUCUGAACCUAGUGUAGAAUCAGAACCUAGUGUGGAAUCAGAACCUAGUGUGGAAUCAGAACCUAGUGUGGAAUCAGAACCUAGAGUGGAAUCAGAAGGUGGUGAAGAAUCAGAGAAUGGUUUAGAAUCAGAGAAUGGUGAAGACCUGGAUGCUGAUGCGGAAUCGGAGGCUGAUAUGGAAUCGGACCUCCAACCUGAUCCUGACUCAGAUCCCCGUUUUCCAUCUGAAACACGUCCGGGAUUAGAUUCAGACCUGGAAUCAGACUGUGCACAACCCCCUGAAUCACUAGGGUCUGCAGAAUCUGGACCAGAUCUGGAAUCGGAGCCAGACUCAGCCCCUGACCCAACCUCUAUCAGUCCUGACCCAGCCUCUCUAAGUCCUGACCCAGGAGUGGAGUCCUCUCCAGCCCAGAGGGCCCUGCCUGCAGACCCUGGUCCACAGAGGCAUUGUGAAGGAGCCGAGCAGGCCCUGCCUGGCGCAGAGACCAUGGAGAUGGAGAGUGAAGACUUCUGUGCCGUGUGUCUGAUCGGAGGAGACCUUCUGUGCUGUGACAGCUGUCCCAAAGUCUUCCACCUGUCCUGCCAUGUGCCCUCUCUCCUCAGCUUCCCCACGGGUGACUGGGUGUGUACCUUCUGCAGAGAUAUCCAGCAGCCAGAGGUGGAGUAUGACUGUGAGAACCAGAGGCUGGCUGUAGAACGUUCAGGAAAGCCACUGCCUCAUGGGCUCUCUGCUUGUGACCAGAGAAAAUGUGAGAGGUUGACUCUGUUGAUCUGCAGCAACAUGCUAAGUGCUCCCUUCCAUGAGCCGGUCAGUCCACUGGCUCGCCACUACUACCAGAUAAUCAAAAGGCCCAUGGAUCUGUCUGUGAUCAGGGCCAAACUCAGUAAGAGGAGCACUCACCACUACUAUUCACCUGAGGAGUUUGUGGCUGAUGUCUCCCUCAUGUUCAGGAACUGUGCAAAGUUCAAUUAUCCGGACUCAGAGGUGGCCCAGGCAGGUCGCAGCCUGGAGACAUUUUUCAGCUCCAGACUCAGGGAGGUGUUCCCAGACAGGGCCUUCCCUGCAGCCGAGGAGGACUCUGACAGCGAUGAAUACGACGAGGUGUACAGAGCAGCCGAGGGCGGCUUCCCCUGGCCAGAGAAGAGAGAGCAGUGCCACAGGAAGAGGAAGAGGAGGCACUCUCUCAACUGGAGGAAGCAUAACUUCUAGUUGGGGGCAGUGGGGCAGAGCCUACACUGGCUAUUAUGAAGGACAGUAUGACAUGAUAUUGCACUGGACGUUUCCAUCCAAGAGAGGAAGCUGAGUUUUUAUGAAGGGAUUGUAUGUACAUAUUUACAUUUUGAGAAUUGUACUUGUUCAUUAUAAAUGUUACCUGCUCUUAAUUUGACCUGAUAUUUGUGUCAAAUAUUAUUGUAUAACUAUAAUCUGACAUACAUCUUUAUACUUAUUAUGCCUUUAUAAACUGUGUUUCUGGUAUUUGUUUUUUGUUUCAGAUAUAUUUGUAGAUUCUACCUAUAUUUGUAGAUUCUCCAUCAUAUAUACAGCAAAACAUAUAAGGUCAGUAUUGAUAAAUGGUAAACAUAUUUAUAAAUGUUAAACUCUACAUUAUCUUGUUUUAUAUAUUAAUAUUGAUUGUUUUUAGUGGCUGAAUGAUUGCAGGCAGUUAGUAAAUACAGACUAUUAAUGUUAAUAUUUCUGUCUGUCCUAUAUGCACUUAUAGUACAGUAUAGAAUGUUAUGUACGGCCUCCCUUUUUUUACAGUAAUGAUUUGAGUGACUGACAGAGGGCGCCCUAUCUUCAGCAGCAAUGACAGAGCACAAAGGAAAAGGUUACGUUCAUAUUGAACCAAGGGGGCUAUUCAAAGAAGAUUAAGAUAAAUAUAAAAAAGAAAAUAUCUUUAUUUGAAAUUGCCACAAUAGUAUUGCAAGGCACGUAUGCUUUAGAUUUGCAUUGAUUAAAUCCUAAUGAAAUUAUACUUCAUUAGUAUAAGGCCAGUAUUAAUAAUGAUUAUUUCUCAGGCUUAAUGGGAGUGUGAGGUAUUUGAUCCAGUGUGAAUAAGCAGAAAGAGCUGGAGAAGUUAAGAGAGACUUAAGAGGAAUGUUAUGUUAUUUGAACUUUAUGUGGUUUCUAGGUAGAAUGUACAUGUUCGUUUUUCAUUUAUGUAAAAUGGCUGCUGCAAUAAGGUAGAGCUGGCUGUAUUUUUUUAAAGGUUGCUGCAAAAUAACAGCUGAAAUUAACUGUCGGAUCAAGUUAAGUUUGCCAUUUGAAUAAACAAACAGACUUAAUAAGAUUGUAGGUAUUGUUUCUCAGUAGUAUUUAAUUUGGACUUUUCAAUAUGGAAUAUCUCUGCUUCCAUCUCUAAUAUUGAAUCCUAAAAGCUACAAAGACCCUCUCAGAGGUUGUUGGUAUCAAUAAAUGUCAAUUUAAAAGAGAACAGUUGAAGAGAAAAGUGCUGUAUUUGAAACAGUCCUGACUAUUCUUCUACGGUUCCUUUUGAUUCCUCAUUUCUAUUCUGUUUGAAGUUAUUUUAUGGGGUUAUGGAAAUAAUAAAUGUCUAUCUUUAACCGACAAAUGCAUGUUUUGUAUCAACAUAGUCUUCUUGCCAGUUACUACCUAAAAUAUAUGUAUUAAG